AUAUUUCUUUGUUACAAUAGGUAUUAUGAAUUUCAUAAUAAUUCCUUUAUUAAUACAAGUUUUAAUAUUAAUAUACAGGUUGUUGUUAAAGAAGUAGUCAUAGAAGAUAAUGAUAUUUCUAAAGCAAUUCUUCAUUAUAUUAGCAAUAACUCAGUUACCAGUCUCAUUCUUGGUGCAGCAACCAAAACAUCUUUCUCUAGGAAAUUAAGAAACCAUAAUGUCUCAGCCAUCAUAAACAAGUAUGCACCAGAUACUUGUUCUGUUUAUGUAAUUGGAAAAAACAAGCUCCUUUCUGUCAGGCCAGCAUUGUUAUGUCCAAUUAGUAAUGCCAUACCAUCUUCAAAGAAAACUUCACGUCCUGAAUUUGAAGGAUGCAGCAGGAUAAGAGAGAUAAUCAGAGAAGGUGAAAGUGAAUGGACUAAUUCCCCUACGAAAUUGAUCUCAAAUGUUUCAAAGCAUUUUAACUAUGUUUGCUCAUUCAGUAAGCCGCCAACAAUGGAGAGAAAUGAAUCUCUUGACUCCUCUGCUGAAAAUGACAAUCUUAAGGCCAAACGCGAUGUUCAUGUUGAGAAAGAUGACAUCCCUCCAGAAACUACAACUCAACAUAAGAGAGAUUUUAGAGUUGAGAUGAAAAAGUUGAUGGCGGAUCUCAAGAAAACCAAAAAUAAGAUUGACUCAGCUUGCAAAGAAGCAGCCUCAGCCAACAGGGAGGCAAACGAGCUAGACAUGUGGCAGAAAGAAAAAGUCAUUCGGUUUGAACAAGCCCGUCUCUCAGAAGAGGCUGCUCUUAUUGUUGUACAAGGGGAAAAGGCUAGAGCGAAUACUGCUACAAAAUUAGCCGAGAAGGCUCAAAAGCUAGCUGAUUUCGAGACAAAGAGAAGACAGUACGCGGAAUUGAGAGUGAUACGAGAGAAAAAAGCGAAAAAUAAAGCAUUGGACGUUUUGUCAAAUAAUGAUGUUCGUUACAGAAUGUACACUCUCGAAGAUAUUGAUCUUGCUACUGGAGGCUUUGUAGACUCCUCUAGAAUUGGUGAAGGUGGAUAUGGACCUGUCUAUAGAGGGACAAUUGAUCACACUGCUGUUGCUAUUAAAGUUCUUAGACCCGAUGCUAAACAAGGAAGAAAACAGUUCCAACAAGAGGUUGAGAUCCUUAGCUGCGUGAGACAUCCAAACCUAGUCUUACUUCUCGGCGCAUGCCCAGAAUACGGUUGCUUAGUCUACGAGUUCAUGGACUAUGGAAGCUUAGAAGACCGCCUACUCCAAAGAGACAACACCCCAACAAUUCAAUGGAAAACUCGGUUCAAAAUAGCAUCCGAAAUAGCAACUGGCCUUCUAUUUCUCCACCAAGCAAAACCAAAACCGCUAGUCCAUCGCGACUUAAAACCAGCCAACAUUCUCCUAGACCGAAACUUCGUCUCCAAAAUAGGCGAUGUGGGUCUAGCCCGACUCGUCCCAGCCUCAGUAGCAGACGAGAUCACUCAACUACACAUGACUAGUGCAGCAGGUACUUUCUGUUAUAUUGAUCCUGAGUAUCAACAAUCGGGCAAGCUUGGGACUAAGUCAGAUAUUUAUUCACUCGGAGUCGUGUUACUUCAAAUUAUAACGGCUAGACCUCCAAUGGGGCUAACACAUCAUGUUGAGAAGGCGCUCCAGAAUGGGAAGAUGCAUGAGUUGCUUGAUCCUUCGGUUUUGGAUUGGCCGAUUGAAGAGGCGACAAAUUUUGCGAGAUUAUCGUUGAAAUGUAGUGCGUUGAAGAGGAAGGAUAGACCGGAUUUAGCCAAGGUUAUAUUGCCCGAGCUCACACGGUUAAGUCAACUAGAAAGAUGACGAAGAGCGAUUAAACAAAACUAUUUGUUAUUUUAAUAAAACAAGAGUUUCACAAUUUUC